AUGUUGGCAUUGAUAUAGUGGAUUUCACAUUAUCGCUGAUAUUGCUCAUAUCUACCGUGUGCUAAUUCGCUGUGUACUAGAGUACGCCUCCGCUACCUUUGCUGACUUGCCUAAGUAUCUUGCUUGCUAUCUUGAGAACGUGUAAAAAGGGCCCUUUCCAUUAUUUGGCCUGGUAUUUCGUAUGCAGCACUUGACAAAGCUGCAUUGUCCACUCUUUCUGACUGUCGGGCAAUUUAUAGGUAAGGUUCGGUCAGGUAACCCAUUAUACCCUCUAAUACACAACAGAGUGGUACUUAUAUCUACCAGUCAGUGUCUGAGAUCAGGGAGUUCUAGCAGGCCCAUGGCCACAAGGGCUGAACGUUUCUCAAAUUUUGUUAGUGUUAAAUAUCAAUCUUGUCAAUAAGUUGCGUAUUAGUAUAUAUAUAUCACUGCUUGUAAGGUAUCCUACAAUUCAGUCUUCUGACUGCAAAAGGGACAAUAAACGAGUGAUUUGAGAGAGAUUUGUAUCUAACUCCUUUUUCCCACACCUCAAGAGAUGACAAUUUUAUGUUAUUUCUGAGACCUCGCUCCAGUUGAAAUCAGCAUGCAAAUAGCUUCUUCCCAUGGUCUAUGAAAGACUGGAACAAGUUACCCGGUAAUAUAGUAAACAUUGAUGACGAUGACACUUUUAAGUCCACAGUCCGUAACCAUCUUAUUAAGCAAGGAGAGUGAUUUUAAUUUUUAAUUUGUAAGUUUUAUUCUACCUAAGUGUUUAUUUUAUUAGGUAGAAACUUUUAAACUUUAUAAUGAUGUUUUUUUAUGAAUUUUUCAUUAGACACUGUUAUUAAUUUUUAUAAAAUAACUAAGAUAGUACGCGAAAAGCUUGUAAAUCACUUUCCUUCGGCUCGUGAUUUAGAAGCUUUUCUCGUUUUCUCCCAACAUCCCGCGUGGGUUAUCAAGCCUGCCGGUAAACCCAUAGAAAGUGUGGUCUAUUGCCUAAGUAAACUGCUGUGAUGCAGAGUUCUGCUUUAUCAGUUUCUUAAGUAGAAGUAAGUAGAAGACUGAUUUCGAGCGAAAAAAAUCUUGCAUAGAAACGCCUGCAAUACAAUGGCUUUGUAUGUCAGGGGAAAAAGUUUUACCACCAGUUGUUUGGGAAAAAAAAUUCCUACGCAAACCAAAUCACCAAUUCCCCCGCCCUCCCUCAAAAGUCAAAUGAACGGCCCCUUAUUAAGACGUUCACAAAGCCCGUUCCCAGUUUCUGUGGUUAGGUGUCAGUCGCGAAUCGCAUUCGUCCCUUGUGCCGUCGGCGCCCACGCAGUCGACUUGUGGCAAGUGUAGGGUUUAUGGUGAGUUGCAGCGUUGUUAUUUCUCACUAUACAGUGGCGAGCCCUUUUACAGUAGAACGCCCUGGCUGGCUGACUUCUGCUUAGGAUUUGGUGAUUAUCUCUGGUAUCAAUAUGGAUACAAAAUAAGAGAGGAUAAAGGGGACAGAGAAGGCAUCCCCCAUACACACCCUACUCCAUAGGUAAUUCGUCUCAAGUUAUUUUUAAGACCACAGAUCCCAAGGGGGAUUAGACAACAGCCAAUCAUAUAGCGCGAAUGUGUUCCUCGUGGAUAACCCACGCUCAGAGCCACGCGUCCUUCACGAAUUGACGCAGAACAAAAUGGCGGAAGGCGCGGACAGCGAUAUUGCUAUUCGUUUUGUCGACGAAAACGACUACAGAGAGAUUUCUGCUAAAGCUGUGUCAGCGAAACGGAAAUUAAAAAAGAAUCGUCCUUCCUCUCUUGUAUAGAGCUAACAGUACAGCAGGGAAAUCCUUAAAACACUAGGCGAGGUUUCUCAUUUUAUUAAAGCACUGAGGUUACGACAACUUCGAGUUAAACUGAUUUCACGUGUUGUCAAAGAGUCAAGCGAUUCCCUUUUCCAAGGUGAGCGCCGACUCAUUUCGCUUCAAUAUUCAGAAAUGCUCUUGAUCUCUUUACGCUUUCAUUGCCUUUCGCCCGACAUGUUUUGCACGGCGUUUAGUUAUGCGAAACCUCCACGAAACAUCCACGCAGCAGAGGUUACUUUAUCCCAAUUCUAAAAAUAACUCGAGACGAAUUACCCAUGGAAUAGGGUGUAUAUGGGGGAUGCCUUCUCUGUCCCCUUUAUCCUCUCUUGAUACAAAUAGUAUAGUUAGCGGUAUAGUGAAAUCCUUGGAAAAGUCGCGAUCAUAGGCGUAAGGAAAUUUUUCGCCGGGGGGGGCGGUAAGCCAUUUGCCCAAAAAAAUCGCCCAAGUUGUUCAAAUUUUGACGAAAGAGUCGAAAACAAACGAGCGCCAUAUUGCAACAACAUAGGCCGUACUAGCGUAUGAAGGUGGCUCGAUACAUUUUUUUCAGGCUCAAUACCAAGUUUGAACAUAAACUACGUCGCGAUAAACACACAUUUGGAAAAAUUGCCACCACAGUUGUAUUAAGACGGAAAAUUUGUCAUGAUCAGGGUUGAAAUGACAUCGGGGUUGUCAUAGCAACGUAAUGACGCCGUUAACUAUUUUACUUCAGCAAUAAUUCUCGGCACUGGGAACCUUACAAAAUCGUUCACAGGAGCUUUUUUCUCCAAUACGGACGCCUCCAUGUUCGCGAAGUUUAAGCAAAAUCUGUGAGAGCGUUAUCGAGAUAUUUUGGGAUGAAGUUUUAUCGUUAGAAAUACGGUAAGAAAAGGAAAAUCUUGAUGUUUGGCCGUUAUCUGUAGAAAACAAAGCGCUUUUGACAUGCAAUUUCUCCUUAUAAUAGUUUUAAACUUUUUAAAAACGUGUGUGAAAGAUCGUGGAGAUAGCUCUACCCGAUUGCUAGAAAGAAGGAUUUGAUUAGUAUGUAUCGAGCCGCUCUUGUUAGCGGUUUUGUAAACAUUUCGGUCUACUUUAACAAAUUAGCGAAUAAUUUUAAACCGAGUAUAUUGAAGAUGAAACAACAACAACAUGAUAUUAAUUUGAGGAGGACUCGGAAAAAAAAAAAUCCGAGUCCCAGAUGGGAUUUGAACCCACGACCCUCCGUGAUCUAGUCGGAUGCUCUAACCACUUGAACCCACGGAGGGUCGUGGGUUCAAAUCCCAUCUGGGACUCGGAUUUUUUCUCCGAGUCCUCCUCAAAUUAAUACCAUGUUGUUGUUGUUUCAUCUUCAAUAUACUCACUUUGGAGGUUGGUUGGCCGCAUCUUGAAUAUGCUUUAAGGUGACAGCGCGAUGCUGUUAGUGAGUUCUUCACUUCUUGUGUGCCUAUCAUUACUUGGCUGUGUAGCCGCGUGAUGCGGUUCCAGUCCAGACCCACAAAUUGGCCCUUGCUCACCAUAGAGUCUCCAGUAGCUCAAGUGGUUAGAGCAUCCGACUAGAUCACGGAGGGUCGUGGGUUCAAAUCCCAUCUGGGACUCGGAUUUUUUUUUCCGAGUCCUCCUCAAAUUAAUAUCAUGUAAUUUUAAACCGAUUUUUUAAAAGAAUUAAGAUUCUUCUCGUAAUUCAAACUGACAACUUAGUCAGCCACUUCUUCAUUUUCAGACCCACUGCUAAUGCUAUCUGCCAUACACUGUUCUUCGAGUAUUCUAAUCAAUUUACGACUGGAAAUAGCCCAUUCCAGCUAGUGCAGUGCAGUACAGUGCCCAACAAUUAAAAACUAUAAAUAUGUAAAUUACUCAUCACAUGCUAGGCAACCACUGUCUCCUGUGAAUGUAACUGGAUUAUUACGCCGACUUCAGGUUAAUAUUCAGGACUUCAAAAUAAUUAAAUAAACAUGGAGACGUCUUUAAAAACUGGCUUUGCCCAAAUUUCCUCUUGCUGCCCCAAAAAUCCGAGUUGCCCCCAAUUUUUUUUUUUGGGGGGGGGGGGGGGGGGCUUCAGCCCCCUUCGCCCUCCCGGCUCGUACGCCUUUGGCCGCAAUUAAUAGGCUCAGAAGAGAGGGUUGCCUCUAAUGACGUAACAGACAACCCGGUGUUAGGUAAGUAGAGUAAAGGAUUUUCUCAAUGAUUAAAGGAUCUGUUUUUGAAACAGGCGUCAAGAGGCCCUCUACACAAGGCUGCUAUCAGUGGACAAAAUGCUUCUUGAAAGUGGUGAAGAUGUGGAUCAAAGAGAUCAGGUUUAAGUCAUCUUCAUGUAACUUUAUUGUUUAGCCGGAGCUCUUUCCUUCGCUUCGUUCAUGGAUUCUCGAAUUCUUUUCUGGUUUUGGCUGUGAAGGAUUGAGGUUUCGCGAAGGCUUCCGCGCGGAGUCAUAUAGCAGCUGCUCGGAAGAGAGGUCGCCAAUGAAGCGUUUCCCUGACCCCAAACAAUUCUAAAACAAUUGAAAGAAUGACAUGUGAUGGUUUCCUGCGACCAAUCAGAAGCGACCUCUAUUCCGAGCAGCUGCUACACUACCCUCCGCGCAAGGUGGUUUGAGAGGGUGGGAAGGAGAAUUGGAAACGAGGGCGUACACGAAAGCUUUUGAAUGGUUUGUCACGACAGGUGCCAUAAUUGCCAAAUGACAGUUAUCAACGGAUGUAUCUUCGGAUUCUCUUUCAUUACCUGUAUCUUUAAACUAGGUACGAAACAUUCCUCUCGAGAGGACUUAACUAAAACAGGGAACGACCUGGGGAACAGACGGACAGGAAAAAAGUAAAAAAAUUAGACUCAAACAUUGCUUCCAUGUUUCAUUUUGCAGUUCUCCUCCUCCAUCUUUCGUUUUACUAAAGAUUUUGAGCAAUUUUAUUUGGUUCUGCGUAUGAAGAACGUGAUAUUAAAGUGUGCAACUCUGUAACUUUUGAAUUUGAUUUGUUUGAACCCAAAUGCCUAAACUGAGUCUUGCCUAAAAAAGAUAGAAAAGGGGUCGCGUGGGUGAUUCGAUGAGGCUGAUUCUUGACACUGACAGUCAUUCCGACAACUUCUGCGCUAUUCAAAAAAAAAGGUCUAAUUACGACUUCCACACAGUUUGUUGAAACAUCGGUUACUUUCCCCAACAAUCCUGUUCAGAACUACAACCACCCGGACGGUCACUUUCAGUCCACUUAAUUAUAAAUUUGUGUUGUUUAAAAGUUAUAGAGUUUUAGAUUUUGUUUGAACUUGUAAGACCUUUUUCUUCCCUGCUCUUUAAACCUUAUCUAACUACGUUGUACUUUUUUGGUAGUUUUCUUUGACUCCUCUACAUCUUGCCUGUUGGUACGGACAGAAAACUGUUGUCGAUCUGUUGUUGAAACGUGGUGCAAACGUCAACGCUGAAGACAAGGUGACUUAGUGAUUUUGUUUAACUUAAACAAUUAUUUAUUGCCGUAAGGAAGGCAUGGCAAAAGAAAGUUUUUGUUUGCCUAGUAUUAUUCGCUAAGAAUCUAAUUUCGUAAUUAGUAAGUGGCAAGUAACACGUACUUGUUCUGCUUAAAUUUUUUUUUUUAGUUUCAACGUACACCUCUGCAAAAAGCUGAACGACGAGAACACCACUCCAUAGUGCAGUUGCUGUUGAAAAAUGAUGCCAAGCCAAGUCUUCAUCAACCAGUAAGAUAUCAGAUUGUAUAUGUAUGUCCUUCUUAUCGAUCGAACUUUCUAUCAGACGAAGGUCUCUCUACGGAUUAUGUUACAGUAGAACCUAUACGUAAUCGGAUGAAAUUUUUCCUCGCUGCUAUUUCAGAUACCUUACAUUUCUUCUUGUCUGCACUAACAUUAAGUUUAUAAAGUCGGUUGCGUCCGUCUGGACAUCAUUGUACUGUUGAACCUCCAUUAAGCGGCCACCCGCGGGGUACUGGGAAGUGGCCUCUUAAUGGAGGUUGGCCGCUCAACAGAGGUUCGUCACAUGUUAGCAGACUCUUUAGCAGAAACAUAACUUUAUUUACACGCGAUUGAAGCAGCAUUACUGGUCCACAAUCAGUUGUCACAUGAUAUCUCGGACUGUAUCAUCCUUCAUCAUUUUUUUAAAAAAAAAUUGUGAAGCCAAACUAUCAAGUAUCAAGCGCAAAAUGGUGGCCGCAGUCACUUUUCUACAGUUACUUCAAGACUUUGAUUACUGGUCGCUAGGUUCAACUGUACAUUUCAUUUCUGAGUAAUUAUUGACGCUUACCGAAUUUAUUCGGAUGAUAAAUGUCUAUUGUUAUGGUGCUGCUACUUAUACAAAAAAAGCGCUUUAAUAAUGCUUUUUCUGACGGUAUCCUGUGCUAUUGAAGUCGUUGGUACAGGAACCCGCAAGCGUUUUCCAAAUUUGGUCAACGUUGGCUGAUUAGCUGGGGGAUUUGAGCCAAUCAGAAAUGGAGAUUUAUUCUGAAUGAAUAAUAAUUAACAGUUAGGAGGCUGAGUGUCAUCAGAAGGAUUAUGGAGAUCGAGGAGGGUGUUAUCCGCCGAGGCCGAUUAGUGUAACCCCGUUGAUCGAUUAUGUGCAUCUAUAAUUCGAUGUAACAAUACUGUAAAUAAUUAUCUCCUUACAGGUCAGUCUGAAAAAAAUCUCUAGAACAGCUUUCCUGCAAGUGGAUGAAAAAUCUGGAUUUAAUAUGCUCCAGGCGGCUGUCUUAGAGGGAAAAUACGACAUUGUUUUAAAAGCUACUGGCCUUCUUGAGAACUUUUUAGAACAGAUGGAAUAUACAAAAACUGGAAAUAACGCCAAAGGAUUUCCAGAUAAAAGUGCAAUUGACAUCCUAUCAUUUGUGAAGGGAACAAAAUCAGAUCAUUAUAGUAUCGAAAGACUUUAUAAAACAUUGGCUGAGAACAACAGGAGACUAACUGAGUCGCAGUGGGGUACAUGCAAUGAUGAUGCGGAACAAGCAGUUGAACUUGUAUUAAAUAACAGUGUAGAUAUUAAUGCCUCAGGAUCAGACAAUGGUUGGACAGCUUUGCUGAGGGCGAGUCGUUCAUCCUCAAGUCAGUUCAUUGAGACCCUCAUUGAUCUUGGGGCCGACGUUAAUGCCCAAAGGAGAGUAAGCAAAGAAACACCACUAAUGUUAGCAGCUGACUGGAACAACUACAUGGCAGCUUGCUUAAUUGUAAGGCAUGGAGCUGAUGUUAAUGUCAAAUUUAGUAAUGGGUUUACGCCACUGCACGCUUCUGUCAAUGCAGGUAAUGAAAACAUCGCCGGAUUGUUACUUAAACAGAACACAAAUGUAAAUAUUCAAGAUAAAGAUGGAUAUACACCCUUGUACUGGUGUGCCUUUGAGGGGAGCGAAAGCCUCCGUAGAUUGUUACUUGAACAUAACGCGGAUGUAAAUAUUCAAGAUAGAUGGGGAUAUACACCCUUGCACGAUUGUGCCUUAGAGGAUAACGAAAACCUCUUGAGAUUGUUACUUGAACACAACGCGGAUGUAAAUAUUCAAGAUAAAGAUGGAUACACACCCUUGCACCGGUGUGCCUUAAAAGGAAACGAAAACAUCUGUAGACUGUUACUUGAACACAACGCGAAUGUAAAUAUUCAAGAUAAUUAUGGAUAUACACCCUUGCACUGGUUUGCCUUUGAGGGGAACGAAAACCUCAGUAGACUCUUACUUGAACAGAACGCAGAAGUAAAUAUUCGACAUAAUGAUGGAUGUACAAUCUUGCUCUGGUGUGCCAGAGAGGGUAACGAAAACCUCUGUAGAUUGUUACUUGAACACAACGCGGAUGUAAAUAUUCAAGAUAAUGAUGGAGUUACACCCUUGCACUGGAGUGCUAGACAGGGUAACGAAAACCUCUGUAGAUUGUUACUUAAACACAACGGAGAAGUAAAUAUUCAAGAUAAUGAUGGAUGUACACCCUUGCACUGGUGUGCCUUAAAAGGGAACGAAAACAUCUGUAGAUUGUUACUUGAACAGAACGCGGAUAUAAAUAUUAAAGAUAAUGAUGGAUAUACACCCUUGCACUGGUUUGCCGUAGAGGGGAACGAAAACCUCAGUAGACUGUUACUUGAGCACAACGCGAAUGUAAAUAUUCAAGAUAAUGAUAGAGUUGCACCAUUGCACUGGAGUGCUAGAAAGGGCAACGAAAACCUCAGUAGACUGUUACUUGAGCACAACGUGGAUGUAAAUAUUCAAGAUGAUGAUGGAGUUACACCCUUGCACUGGAGUGCUAGAAAGGGUAACGAAAACCUCAGUAGACUGUUACUUAAGCACAACGCGGAUGUAAAUAUUCAAGAUACAUGGGGAUAUACACCCUUGCACUUGUGUGCCAGAAAGGGUAACGAAAACCUCAGUAGACUGUUACUUGAGCACAACGCGGAUGUAAAUAUUCAAGAUACAUGGGGAUAUACACCCUUGCACUUGUGUGCCAGAAAGGGUAACGAAAACCUCAGUAGACUGUUACUUGAGCACAACGCGAAUGUAAAUAUUCAAGAUAAUGAUGGAGGUACACCCUUGCACUGGAGUGCUAUAAAGGGUAACGAAAACCUCAGUAGACUGUUACUUGAACAUAACGCGGAUGUAAAUAUUCAAGGUUACGAUGGACGUACACCGCUGCACCUGUCAGCUCGUGGAAACAAUGAUUGCAGUAAGAUAAUCGAUCUCCUGCUGAAGUAUGGGGUACAAAACAUAAACAUCCAUGACGCAGACGGUUUGUCUCCUCUUUAA